GUCAUAGCAACUCUCAGUGGUAAACAAGAUGGCAGACAUCACAGUUGAGAAAACUCUUGCUCUCAUAAAGCCUGAUGCCAUGAACUGGGCUGAUGAAAUCAUCGAAGAGAUUAAAAGGAAUGGAUUCAAAAUCUUGCAAAAGAGAAGGAUUCAACUCAGCCCCGAAGAAGCAGCCAACUUUUAUGCUGAACACUACGGGAAAAUGUUCUUUCCUAGUCUUGUAGCAUUCAUGAGUUCAAGUGACAUUAUAGUUAUGGUACUGGCAAAACAAAAUGCAAUAAAAGAAUGGAAGGAAUUACUGGGACCAACUGACUCAAGGAGAGCUAAAGAAGAGGAGCCAAGGUCACUGAGAGCUUGUUAUGGUCAUGACAAUACAAAGAAUGCCCUCCAUGGCAGUGACAGUGAAUAUGCUGCUGACAAAGAAAUAAAGUUUAUGUUUCCAGAUGCAUACAGUAUCAUGGAACCAGUUGAAAGAGGAACUGCAAUGAAAGACUAUCUUAGAUCUCAAGUCAAUCCAACUUUAGUAAAAGGACUGACGGAACUUUGUCAUGAAAAACCUGAUGAUCCAUUAGAGUGGUUGGCUCAAUGGAUAUUAAAGAACAAUCCAAACAAACCACAGGUUGAAACUAUUUAACUUAACAAUAAAAAAAAAUAAUAAUAAUAAAAAAAGUUAAGAAACACAAUACUUGUUCAAUUCAGGAUGUUUGGUUACAUAA